CGUCAACAAACCAGUAUAUUGUCAGUCGAUUCGAUCGAGUUAGAAAGUUGGCUGGAAAAGUCAGAAGAAGGCAUUUGAAUAUUUGAAGAAUUAGCAUGCAUUUACUUAUAAUGCAAUUGCCAGUUUAAACUGUUACAUGUAUGUUCCCAUCUUAUUAAUGGAGGUUGAUUAAUUGAUUUGUCAAUUUUUUUUUAUAUUCUUGAGCCGUGACAGUGUCUUUUUUUUUUUACCUCUUUCUCUGAACUUUCUCUUCUCUACGACUGCUUGAAGUUGAAGUAUUUGUUGAGUCUACUCUACCUGAGCAGCAGUGUGCCUGUUCAGGUUUUGGCCUACCUAAUGCCCACUCUUAGAGUCAGACUGAUAGAGGUGCAAUUUUAUUUGAUCUCUAACUCUCUCACCCCCCCCCCCCAAACCAGCUUUAAUUGCAAGGUUUUGGCCUUCCUAAUGCCCACUCUUAGAGUCAGACUGGUAGAGGUGCAAUUUUAUUUUAUCUCUAACUCUCUCACCCCCCCCCCCCAAACCAGCUUUAAUUGCCUUAAGACUGAACUCAUAAUUAAGUCUAAACUAAGAAGACAUUUAUCAUUUAAGUUUAAGCUUCAAACUAGGCCUAAUUAUUAUCAUUAUGCCUAAUACUACUAAUACUAAUAUUUAAUAUUAGCCUGGGCUUGAAUGCCUUGAUAUUACUAUUAGUAUUAGUGACUGGUAGUAGUAGAUGUAUCCUAAUAGCCCUAAUCACUGGUCACUAGGUCUAAUUUUUUUAAUGACAUUAAUGAAAUGGUUUUUACUUUUGUCAAUGGCGGUUGAAUCAUGACAUUACUCUCAGUGUCAGUGGUAGUAUUAAUAAAAAUUUUGAAUUUUUCCUGAUGUAGAUUAUACCCUGUCACUCUAAUUAAAGGUAUGAACUAUAUAACCAGACCGGAUUUGAGAUUUGUUUCGAGUCGCUCCAUUGUGACAAUGACGAUAGUUAUAAAUUCAUUAAAACUUUUCAUCCCCAUAAUCUUAUGUCAACCUUAUGGCUCAUUCAUUAUCUUAAUUAUCUUUCCAUCCUUCUGGCAGACAUUAUCACCAAUCAGAUUUUCACACAAAAAAACCUCUUUGAGCUUUCCGGAGUGACAAGUGCCUGAGGGACAUGUUUGUUAGAAGUAAACUCCCUGGCAUGAUGAAGUUACCAAAAGCUGCAAACAUAUCCACUGUAACACAUGUCAGCCCUAUGUGAUUGAAGUUGAUUUGAUCACUUUCCCCCUGAAAAUAUUCAGAAUAAAGAUGGUUUUGCUUGCACAAGUUGCAAUGUGAAUAUGAUUAACACAUUCCUUUGUAAAAAGUGCAGAAAAUCAUACUUAGGGGAGACAGAUCGUUGCCCCGGAGACUUUUUUAGAGAAACCUUUUGGACAUGAAUUACAAUAAACAAACCCUUUGACCCCCGCCUUUGUCCCAUUUCUAAACAUUUCAACAGUGCUAACCAUAAUGGAAAAUAUGACAGUGCAGUUACUGGUAUAUUGUGUGCAAGUAAUACACCUGAUAGAAUUUAUAUAGACAAAAAAUUAAUUAAAAGAUUGUGUAUAUUUACUCCAAAUGGUAUAGACUAAAACAAAUUUACAAUUUUACAUAGCUGCAAUGAAUUUUGACUGUUUGGUUUUUAUAUUGUACUUCCAAGCAAUUUCUUCCAUUCUUCUUAUCUUUGUUUUCUUAAGGGUUUUGUGACCGUUGGUAUUCUUUUCUUUCAUUUUUUAGGCAUAUAUUAUGUAAAUUUAUUUAUAGUUAUAUUAAGGUUUUUGUUGUACUGAUGAAGGCAUUAGCCGAAACAUUUGAAUUUGUAUUUCAUCUAUUUCUAAUUUAAGCUUAACAUAUAUUGUUUUCUUUACAAAAAUUGUUUGUCUCAUUAAUCUAGUUUUAUUCCUAGCCGACACAAGUUUAUCCUUUGGUAAACUUUGACAUAUUCUUUAAAAUCAUACCUUUAACUUUUUACUUAUCAUGCAGCAUCAUUCCUUUAACUCUUGUUAAAGAUUAAAAUGGCAGGUUUGUCAAACAUUUCAGAUUAUUUCUUUUCCAAGAUUAUAUAAAAAAAAUAAGAAUUUUUACCAUACCAGAGAUGACAUAAAAAGCAUUGGUUGACUGUGCUGAAAUUUGACACUGACAACACUAAACUAAGUUAUGUACUGAGUAUUAAAAGCUCUCCCAGACCCAAGAGGAUGCUUUUGCACUUUCAUCAAGUAUUCUUUAAAAUAGUAAAUAGAAUUGUGAUAGGCCUAAUUUCUGUUCUUUUUUUACUAUAUACUGAGCUUCAUAUUAAAUAGAGCAGUCUGUGCCAAUUAAAUUAUAAAUGUAACUUAAAAACUAGUUGUAUUUUUUCUAAAGUGAUUUUUUUAAAUCAUUGAAUAGACCUGAGAAAUUAAACAUUGUAAUUGACAUAUACAAUCAUUCCUGAUGAAAUUUUUGCUAAAAGCUGUACAUAAAACUUUAUCAUAAUUCGGUCCAUUCACAGGGUUCUUAGGUUAAAUUAUAUUAUUUCUUUCUGACCAAGACUUAUUGUGAAAUAUUUUGAAUAUGCUUUGUUUAGCCACAGUGAUGUCAGUGACACUGACCUUGGCAGAAUCACACUCCAUGAAGGACGUGCAGCUUGAAGAAUUACGGUAAAUAUAUAUUUAACUUUUUGUUAGCACCCCGUAAAUAACGUUGUAAGCAGUUGUUUCACUGAUAUUUUACAAAGAGAUUACUUUUUAAAAGGUUAAGUAAAACUCAGUCUUUGAAACACAUUUUAAGUACCACAUUCAACAUUUGUAUACAUUUCAAAAUUCCCUUUUUUUUUUAAAUUUUUAUUUAACAUAUGAAUCAAGGUAUACUGUAGCACUGAUGUAUUCAAUUUAAACUGAAAAACUAUGUCAAAAUUUUCAAAUUUAAAACCAGGACAUUUAAAAUUGUUUUGGGCCAUGGGUGUCCAAAAGUUUUUGUUAAAUUGUGAUUUACAGGGAGAGCUCUUCUGUCAGGGAGGCUAACACAUUAUUGAAGACACUCUUUGGUCAUUUCACUGCUAUGAGUGUACAACAACAAAAAAAAUAAAAAUAUUUGUGAUUACACAAAGAAGUCUUUAGUCAGUGAGGCGUUAUUUUGACAAAAAUAUUAUCGUCCGCCAAUUUAGAUUAAAUAUAUUUCUUUUAGUUGUGCCAUUUAUUUUAUAUGCCUGAUAUCAGAUGCACUGAAUCUUGAUAAAUUAAAUUUUGAAGUCUUAAAGCGUACUGGUUUCAGCUCACCAAGAUAUGCCAAUAAAAGGGUCCAAAAACCGUACGGUCCUCAUAAAAUCAGCACUGUCCUAGUAAAAACAGUACGAAUGGUCACCUUAAUUAAAUUAAUGCUCUCAUACUGUCUUUCUACCAUUUCUUUUUAGGCUUCAUCAUACAGAGGAGGAUGAGGAUGCAAGGGAGGCGGAGCUAAUAGAAUUUCAUAAUACCACUCAAGGCUUAGGUAAGAUCUUUUUAUUAUUUCUGUUAAGGAUCAUCAUUUAUCUGAUCAGGGGCUCUAAACCUGGUCUUUCCAGUUAAAUUUUGUUAAGCACAGCCAGGUGCACAAAGGACAUUCAUACUGAAUCUGUACCCACCUUGGGAAGGUCAUAACUAAGGGAGAAUGUAUCCAUAGAGAAAAAUAUUCUGAUUGUAUGGACAUGCUUCUCCAGAAAUACAACUUGAUUUUGAGUCUAACAGAUAUUAGUUGCUUAAAUCUUGAUCUUCAGAGGUGUUGUAGCUGAAAAUAUUGUACAAAAUCAAACUGUGUGUAUUGCAAAUCAAUAAAAAAGAAUUACCAACAAACAAGAGCUAACAAAAUAAAACUAUUCCUGUAUGUAUACAAUCCUGUCAUCUACAAUGCACAAGAGCAAAAAGUAAUCCUUAGUGACAUAACAGCUUUAAAAUUCAGUUAAUUUUUUAAAAUUCUCAUUUAGAAAUUUCCCCAAAAAAGACCAAAAAAAGAUAACUAUUACCAUUACAAUCAUUCUUAAAAUAAUUGAUAUUCUUGGAGUCAUUUCAUCUUUACUUGUACAAAAACUCCAUUUGCAGGGCUAAAAAUCUGUGGAGGCUGCAGUGAAGAUGGAAAAGAGGAAUAUGGAAUUUUUGUAAAGCAUGUAUUGCCUGGAGGGCUUGCCGAGACAACAGGUCUACAUUUGUGUAGCUAUAUUUCAGUUCAGUGUUAACAAAUAUACAUUUGGAGUCCUGAAAUGUUCCCUUAUCCGGAUUACAUAGCUUGAACUUAAUAUUGGAAAAUUCUUAAAAUAAUGAAGAAGAAAAAAAAAGAUUACAAUGCCAAUAGUAAUGUAUGUGUGCCGAGACAAAACAUUAAAGAAAUUCACAAAGUUAAAAAACAUAUUAUUAACUAAAACCAAUGAAAGACCAAAGGGACAAUGUUCAGUGUAAAGGGUUAGUGUCAUCCUUGAGUAUCAUUCUCUUUUUGUUUCUUUCUGAUACAGGGGAAUUAUUUGAUGGUGAUUUAAUCCUUGAGGUGAAUGGGCAAAGCCUGCAAGGCGUAACAUACGGGAGGUACAUAAAUGAAUUAGAUUGUAAAAAUAAUUUCAAAUUUUAACUGAGCAUGUCAUUUUUUUAUUUUUUUAUUUUAUGUUUCUGCCAUAUCUUACGUUAUUUUUUUAAAAAUUUAUCACCACUUCUUUGAAAUUCGCACAAGAAUAUAACCAGAUGUUAGGCCUACGUUUGAGGGUUUUUUUUUAAGAGGCAUUGAUAUAACUAUUUUGUUGAUAGGGCUGUGUCCAUGCUCCGCCAAGCUUCAGCCUCCAACCAUGUCAACAUGGUGAUCACAAGAGAUGGUGAUGCAAGGUAUGCUGCUCAUUUUUCCAACCCACAAGCUUAUCAUCAGCAUAUCUGCCAACAUCAAUUUUUCUAUGGUUGUUUAUUGAUCUGGCAACAUGUGUUUGCAAUGCAUUUUUUUUUUUUUUUACAGACCAAAGAAUUUAAGUAAUUUUACUGUAACAUUAAUUUUUUUAAAACAUUUAUUGAUUUUGAAGUAAGUUUUGUUGUACGCCUUUUUUUUAAAAGUAAAAUUAUUAAGAUGUCGGAAUUAAAAAUAAAAAAAUAUUUUUCAGACGUGAGUUUGCCGAGUAUAUGACCAGAUUUGCUUCCAAUCCAAGCCCAUACACUGUGGGAGAUCAGACCUAUGGAGGGCCAGUCACUGGUAGAUUUCAUUGAUUUCAUUUCCAUUUUUAGUGAUAAUGAGGACGAGAGUAAUAACUUUAGAUUUGAGGAUAAUUGUAACAGUAAUUCUUUGUUAAACAUUGCUUUCAAUAUCAUGUUGGAUUAACAUUCAUUUGAUAAGCCAGAGAGGUUGGGACAAGAGUUUAUUGAAAGAUGGUUAAUAAUCACGAUUGUGCAAUAAGUAUCGGAAAAACUAUAUAAUUUUUAAUAAAGUUAAGCAAUAAGAGAGCUAAAUGCAGACCUGUUUACUCUUACGAUUUUGGCGUACAAUGCACGAUUUUGAGGUGUAUUCAGUAUAUAUACUGUAUGUUUAUUUUUUUUACUAUUUAGAUAAUGUAGUGAAUGAUUUCGUUAUGAUAUUGUACAAUUUUAAGGGUUUGAGGGUAAUAUUGGUCUGUAAAUGUUUGUCAAGGAAUACAUGCUAAUACAAAUUAGUUUCUCAAUAAGUAACUGUGAAUAUUGAUCUGCCAACCAAAACAAAUAGCCUGUCAAACCUAGUUUCAAUAGUUUUUGCGAAGGAAAUGCAUGAAUCGUGAUCAAAGCUAUUUGCCUUUCCUAUAAUAACAUGUUUAAUUUUAAAACAUAUUUGUAAAUGUUGUGCAUUCGUUAAGUACCACUUAAAUUAUCUUUUUUAAGUAAUUAUGAAACAGCAUGUAAUUUGGUUGGAUUUUUGUGUGGUUAGUUUCCCUAGAACUAGAAAUAAUAAAGUCUAAUAAGAUAAGUUGCUUCUUAAUCUUCCAGAUUCCGAAACAGAAUUUCUUUUGAAAUACGGGCCAUAUCAUAAGGUAAACAUUCGUUUAAUAUUUUUUAAUAUUAUUUUUUUAUUAAAUAAACUUCUCAUGAAUUUAUGAAUGAAAUGUUUAAAAUAAAUCUAGAUAAAAAUUAGUGCAUUUAUAAAUUGCAUUUUCUUUUAUAUCAAACAUACUUAUAUUAAUUGUAAAUUAUUUUUAAGUCCCUUGCUUAUUUAUAUGAAACUGUUUUUAAAAAUGUAAAAUGUAUAACGUAUUAACGUAUGAUGUAUAAUGAAAUUACUCCAUCUGCUGGGAUAAUAAUGUGCAUGUAACAGAAAUGUGCUUGUUUUACUUUCACUCAUUUUUCAGAUUUACAAAAGUGAUGGCAGCCACUGAAGUAAUGUUUUUAACAAUAGUUAACCCUGUUUAUAAAUUUAAUACUUAUAUGUUGAUUGCUGCCUUUAAAGUUUUCAUUCUCUGGCCAGCUAUCACAUCAGUAAAGAAACAUAAAGUUUUCCCCACAAUAUACAAACACAAAAUUAAUAGCCAACCUACCUGAACUACAGCUUCAGUAAAUUGCUGUUGUGCCAUCUACUAUACAUUGGGGACUAUUGACCCAUGGAAGUUUUUUUUUAGUAGCCUGCUAGCCUCAGGUGUACAUAGCUACUGAGUGUAAUCAAUGUGUGUCACAUGAUAGCGGCCGCUCAGUGUGCCGCCAUGCAUGGUCCAAUGGCCACACAAGGCUAAGCAGACAUCUGGUCACAUUACUCACACAGUGGGAGAAGACACCUGGUCACAUGACUUACACAGCUGGAGGAGGCACAUGACUCACACAUCUUUAGCAUCAGCCAUGCAAAAUGUCAAACUCUAAUAACUGCCUUCAUUUAUUUUAUCACUAUUAAGGAUGUUCACCCAGAUUUGGAUAUUUCGAGUGACCAACAGGAAUUUAAGUACACAGGUUAGUAUUGAAAUUUCCUAUCAUUUAUUUUGUUUGUGCCUGGUAUAAUACCGAUAUAAUAUAUAAAUAGUAAAAACUAAAAACAAUCUGAUCUUAAAAAAUGGCUCUAUGAAUAAAACAAUAAAAUUUGCUUACUUUCAUUUAUGAGACCAUGUUAUUGUCCACACAAUGCUUAUUUAAUGUUUGAUAAGCACAUAAUUAGAUGGCCUUUUCGAUUCUCUCAUUGUUCAGUUAACUUAAUGAGAAGAAUGUGUUUGUUACAUUGUAUAGUCUGUAGACAGAGUUGUUAGUUGCGGGGUGGGGGUGGGGUUAAGGGUUGUUGUUUAAAUUUACCAAAUAUUUUCUGGUGGUUUUUUAAAAAUUUGAUUUCAAAUGAGUAAUGUGCUUUUUUUAAAAAUAUAUUUUACAUAGACAAGAUAUUAAAAGCUGAAUGUUCAUGUGUGUUUUUUAAAAAUCUGAUUUCAAUUUGUGAUAUUUGUAUUAAGUUAAAACUGCAAAUGCUAGAUACAGAGAAAAGUUGUACAUUAAAGGAAAAGUUGCUAUAACGUGAAUAUCCAGAAAUAUAUUAGUUAGUGAGAAAUAAAAUGUAUUAUGAAUUUAAAGAUACUGUAAUCUAACUUUUAUAUUUUAUUGUGAUUUUUUGUGUUUGUGUGUGUAUACAUCCAUUUAAAAGACAAUCAGUUAUACACACUAUUUGCAUUAUGUACAUUCAAGGAAAGAGACUUGCAGAUUUUCCCACUGCUUGUUUUGGUUUUGGCACUAUUGCUUUUUAUCUUGUUGAACCUUUACAUCAUUAACUUCUCUAUAGAAAGCUACAGGGACCACAAUGGUCACAUCAGCCCAUCAUCCAGCUGUGCAAGUGAAGUAGCCAACCACAUGGGAGAGCCUGCAACUGGAAGGCCCCUCAGUAAUGGUAGUGGGGUGUCACAUAGCAAAGAAACGCCCUCUGACCACCUGGACUCGUUGCUUUCUAAAAAGCUAUCACAAGACCCUGGGCUCAAAUUGCACAUAGAUCAGUUAGAAUCUGUAGGUUAUCCAAAAAAAAAUGUCUAGUUGUGACUAGAAUUUUUGAUGUUAAUGAUUUUAUUGGUAGAGUAGUUUUUUAAAGUUGUUCUUUAUAAUUUUAAUGUAAACACAUCUAGCUUCAUUUCAAUUUUUAAAUCCAUUUGAGUGAAGCUACAGUUAUGAAAUUGAAAAAAAAAUUAAUUGCUAAAUAACUUUACAUAAAUCUGAAACUUUUCUUGAUGCCUUUACACAUAAUGUUGGCUUUCUUUAUUGUUGUUUUUGAAAAAAAAAAGAAGAAAAAAAUUAAACCCAACUUUGUUUAAAAAGCACUAUUGAAAGAUUUCCUAAUGUAUCUUUUGCUUUGAAUGUUUUGUUUGAACAGGCCCUAACAAACCUAGGCCUUCACCUUACACAGUCUGCUCAAAUCUCCCUGAGGCAGCGCCUGAACAUUGACCACAAUGGUAUGGUGCGUUUUGAAGGUGAGUACCAGCUGUGCAAAUCUUCAUGUGAAAACUGUUUCUUUUUUAUUGAAACAUAUUUUUUUUUAAAUACAUGGCAUCUGUUUAUAAGUUUUUAAAAGAAUAUUAUUAUACUCUAUACAACCCUAAAAAAUCCACUUGCAAGGCAAAGGAAUAUUGUUAUAGGGGAAAUAAUAAAAAAAAUUGCAAGUUGUUUGUACCUAUGAUUUUGAAGGUAAUUUUGAGGAAAAAAAUACUUGAAUUAAUCCUUUAUUAAAUUAAUCUUGUUUUCCUCAAAUUACAAAAAUUGAUUUUUUUUUUAAAUUAUUGAUAUUCAAUUAACAUCCAGAUAUUUUUUAAUGUUUAUUUACUUAUCCUCAGAAUUUGUGGAAGCAGCCAAAAUUGUUUAUCAAAAUGAUCUUGGGGCAUUGAAAGGCAGAUUAACCCCUCAGUUGCAAAAUGACAACAACCAGGUGAGUUGUUUUUUUUUUUCUUUUCAACUCCACUUUCAUAACGCAGUCACUUAUUCAAUGCAUAGUUGCCUUUUUUCAUAAUCGAUUUUUAAUUUAUCGACUAAAAUGGUGACAGCUGGUGCAGGGGAUAGGAUUAUGCUGGUCCAUUCCCACUGGAUUAUGCUUGGAUAAUCUAUUUUUAAUACUUAUUGAAGACCCAGAAAGAAAAAAAACACCCUGGUUAAUAAAAUAAUGUUAUUGGGGUUGUUUUUUUUUUUAUUUUAUUUUUUAUAUUCACAGAACUCAAAACCUUCAGAUGAUUAUGUUAGUGCUGUGAAAGAAAGAGAUCAGCUUAGAGCUGAAGUUGUUGCCUUGAAAGAAGAGCUGAGAACCAGAAGCCAGUCUGGCCAGAAUGCUGAGGAGCAGCUGCUGUUCAUUCGUAAGGUGAGGAGAUUAGUUUUCUGAAUAGGAGCUAGAUCUUUUAAGAGAAAUGCCUCUUAUAUCUAUGAUCUCAUUAUCUUACGGAGAAUUUUAUUGCUGUGUUACCUGUGGCUGUCUUUUUAGUUCCCCAACCUUUACAGUUGUCAUGAAAUCCCCAGACCUUGGUGUUUGCACACUGGAGCGUCAACGCCAGAAAAUGCUGACAUUACCAUUAACUGCCUUUUAUUUUCUUGAUCUAGACUUUGUUUCCGUAUUAUUUAUUUUAAAGGUAUCGAACUAAAAAAAAAGUUUUAAGUUUUUAAGUUUAUGCUGGAAAAUAAUGAAAUAAAAGAAUUGUCAAAUGUAAUUUAAAAAAAAAACAAUGAACUUAAGGCUUCCAUUAUUUCUACCACAUGAACAAAGUCUAUAAGCUUUUGGGUUUUUAUCUUAAAUGCCAAGGCAAAAUAAAUCUGAGCAAAAAGCAUUUUUUUUAUAUCAAGCCAAAUGUGACGAGAUGAGAUUAUGCUUGUUUUAUUUGUAAUAUUUUCAUCAAGCCUGACAGCUAUGAUUUUUGUUCCAGCAAGCACAAACUUCAAUUGAAGAAUGUAGAUCACUCAAAAGCAAACUUCAUCUGGCAGAGCAGGCACAGGCAAAAGCCCAGCAGACUGAGAGGGAUUAUGAGGAAGUUGUGGCCAUGUUGGAAAAUGAGGUCUCCCAGCUGCGCCUCCAAAUGUCAAAAUCAGUGAGCCUCAGAGAUUUUAGGAAUUUUUCAUUCUUUUUAACGAAAUGCUUACUUGUAAUCUCCAUGGCUCAGAGUUAUUCCAUAACAUAUAUUUUACAAAAUGAAAUUUGUUUUAAUUUCAUUUUCCUUUCUUUGACAUUUAAUUGCAAAGAUGAAUGUACAAAACCAGCACACAUUUAUAUUACUAAGUCAGUUUCACUUAUACCUUCUAGUUCAUUCUUUUCAAUAAAUAGAAAAAAUAUAAUGAUAUCAUAUAUAAUCAACUGAUUCGAAUUACACAUUUGUAUCUCACAAUGUUUUUCUCAAUCCACUCUACAGGAUGGUGUUAACAUGCAGAAGAGACUGGCUGUACUUGUCUGCCAGUUGAAAAAAGCAGAGUCUGGGAAGAAAACCUAUGAGGUAGCCACAGACAAACUGAUGCGAUAUGUGGAACACUCCUUAGAGACCCUGGCAUCUUUGGAUGCUGCAGCAAGGUAUUCAGAGUUACAGGAAAUUUCUUAGAUUAAAAUUAUUAUCUUUUUGAAUAAAGCCCAAAAAAUGCCAUUCAUAAAGUAUCUUAAAAAUAUGUUGGCUGAAAUACAUAAACGUCCUAAAUACAAUUUAAGGAAGCCAUUUUUGUGCUUACAGAUUCAACAUUUAAAUAGGAAUUUGUUCAUAUUUUAUUUAGAUUAUAUUUUUUUAAAUCUAACUAAUGUGCAGCAUUUACAUCUAUAUAUAUUAGUUCAAAACCAUUUUAUGUUUGUGUUUAUAAUAUAUAUGUGUGUGUGUAUUUAUAAUUAUAUAAACACAAACAUAAGAUGGUUUUGAACUUAAAUUUAGAUUAUUGUAACAGCCAUUUUAAAAUUAGGUACAUUGCACAUAAUGAUGUGGGGUUUUUUUGUAUAUUUUUUUUAAACCAGAGUACCAAUAGUGACUGAAAACGGCAACACUAAACUCAAUAAGAAAAGAGCGCUACUUCUGCUCUCCAAUGAAGGGAGAGAGGUCAUUAAAACUGUGAGGUCCCUUAUGGAAUCAGUUCGUAAGUUUCUUCUCUUUUAAAAAAAAAAUAUUUUAUCAACUUUUAUAAAAAGCAUCACUUAUCAGAUCAUUAUCACUAUCAAACAUGAUUAUGUUAUGACCAUAGAUAUAUUUUAUUUUCCAGCACUGCCGUUUGGCUGGGAGGAAGCCUACACCGCAGAAGGGGUCAAAUAUUUCAUUAAGUGAGUUGACCAUGAACAUUCACUACUGAAUUAUUUUUAAAAAUUAAUAAAUGCCUUUACUCUUAGUCACUGGCUUUCUUAGCAUUUAUUCCGUGCAGUGUUCCCUUUAAGCAUUGUGCAUGAGACAAUUAAAGAAAUUUAAUUUAUCAGCAAAAAUAUGAAAUUCUGUUUUAAGGGGCAUUUUCAAAAAAAGUUGUAAUAUCUCAAAAUCAAAUUUCUUUUGCUGUCUCUCCAGGUGGCCUUUUUCUUUCUUAUUGCUUAGGUAUUGUCUAAAAUAUAAAACAUAUUUUCUAAAAGUUUAUAUAAGGGGAAUGCAUAUUCCAUAAAGCUGCUAAACUGUUGAAAAUGGGGUAAGAAAAUAAGACCUGAUACGUUUGCUGAGAAGGGUGGAGUAAAUGGUGGCAGUGGUGAUAAUCACACACAACAACCCCCCCCCCCUCAAAAAAAUCUCUAUCUCUUUCAUUUAUAUAUAUAUAUAUAUUUUCAUAUAUAUAUAUAUAUACUUUCAUUUAUAUAUAUAUAUAUAUAUAUAUAUAUAUAUAUAAUUAUCAUAUCAAUCAGCCCCAACUACCUUUGAAGAAUCCUGAACAAAGUUUUAAUCCACCCAAAUCCUCAAUCUGCUCUUGAUUAAAGCCCAGUCUUUUCAAUUUAUUUUUUUUGGAAGCUAAGAAAGACAGGUUUGGUUAAAUUUUUAGUUUUUUCAUAUAACUUACCUAAGCAUUACAAUAUUUAUUUUUUUUUUUUACAUCAUUUCAGUCACCUAAAUCAGACGACCACAUGGACACAUCCAGUCUCCUGCGUGGAACAUCAAACAUCUGCUAAAGCAAUUGCCCCCCCUGCUGUCGGCCAAGAGAAACAAAACCCAGCACAGCUACUGGCCCACCAAAACAGUGGACCAGUCACCUUGCCGCAGGGUAGCCCGACGGGCCGCCAUCAAAAACAAUCUCCUGCUGCUAAAGGCAAAGCCAAGAGUGGACAUGCUAAAACUGACCCCCUGCAUUCAGCUGUACAGCUCGAGCACCCAGGACAGGCUCAGACUGCAUCCUAGGUUUCAAAUCUGUUGGGUGGCGCUGCACGUGCGUUUAAGGUUGUUGCUGGAGAGUUGUGAGUUGCGUGAAUGACAUGAAGUGCAUUACUGUUGAAACUGGGUGUAACACUCAACCCCAUUUCACUCCAAUGUUUCAUUUAUUGAUAAGUUGUGCUAGGACCAAUAAUAUUAACAAGACACAAACAAUGUGUGUAAAUAAAACAGUGUAAGUAGGCAUAAAUUAUCUGUAGACAAAAUACAAAUCUAAAUGUUUGGGCUAAUGCCAUUAUCAGUACAACAGGAUAAAAAAUAACACUAAUGUAAACUAAAUUUUUUAUAAACAUAUGUAUAUAAUUUUAUCCUACCCUUUAUGAAAAUGAAAGAAAAAGGGUAGGCACAAGUCCCUCAUGAAUACAAAGAUCAGACGAAUGGAUAGAGCGAUAAUAAAUUAAUUUUUUUUUCUUGUCUAUACAUUAGUUCCUUGUUUCCUUUUUUUUAACCAAAACAAUUUUUUUUUUAUUUCUCAAAUUUCACAAAGGUGUGUAGGAAAGACUUUCAUUCACUUUGUUCCGUAUGAUCUGUUGCUAUCACCUAGAACAGUGAGAAACAUUAGCAACUUGAAACAAAUAUUCCUUGAAUGUAAUUUCCGAAAAAGUUCAUGAUUAUUUUUAUUUUAAAUAAAAUAGAAAGCCCUGAUGUUACAAGGAAUGAAAAUUACACGC